GAUAUGGUGUGAGGUAACCAUGCGCGCGCUCAUUACUGAGACCAUACAGCUCUGACGUCAUCAUUUACAACUCUCUCACUCACUCACUUUUGCAGGCACCCUCUCUCUCUCCUCCGUUCUGCAUCUGCCAGCGCGUGUGAUGAUGCACGAGCGUCCAGCCUAUUGUCAAGUACCCGUUCACUGAAAACAUAAAUAACAUGAAUUUGCGCGCGUGUUACGCAUCGAGAAGCGUUAAUAUCAGUCGUUUGCAAUAUUAAUUCUCCGUCAAUGUUUGGCAUACAGCCCUUUCAUCGGUGCUCUUAAACGAAGUGAUUGACAUGUGGAUGAACACCACGGUGGAUCUGGAUGCAUUCAUACGGAUGACCGGUGAGGUGAUGUCGCAGCAUCAUCCUUAACCAACUCGCAGGGAUCUUGUUUCGUAAGUGAAGAUGGCGACGGGAACGGGAUGGCAGCAACCGUACAGCGCAGCUCCAGGCAACACCGUUCCUGCCUCCGGAUCAGGGACCAGUCCAUCCUUAACAUCCAGUAAUCUGCUGUACGAGUCUGCUCUCAGCAUGGAGUACACUCAAGAUCUGCACCUGAAGAUGAGUAAAAAAAUAGCACAACUCACUAAGGUCAUUUAUGCCCUCAACACAAAAAACGACGAGCAUGAAGAUGCUAUCCAGUCUCUAAAGGAGGCUCAUGAUGAGGAGGUGCAACACAUCCUGACGGAGACACGGGAGAAGAUCUUCCACUACAAGAGCAAGAUCGGAGACGAGGCCGACUUGAAACGUCGCCUGCAGUCCCUGGAGGAAUCCGUGGAGCUGCACGAACACAUGAAACGUCAAGCCUUGGCCGAGUUCGAGAUGUAUCGCCAGCGCAUGGAGGACACGCAGUUGUGCACGGAGGCCCAGCACACGCAACGCGUGGUCUCCAUGUCCCGUGAGGUGGAGGACAUGCGACACGAGUUCGAGGAGAAACUGCGCUCCUUCAGCCAGGUGCAGGCUCAGUUCGAGCAGGAGAAACGGCGUGCGAUGGACGAGCUGAAAUCGUCCCACCGGCUGGAGGUGGAGGAGCUGCUGGAAAGCCAGGAGAACCAGAGCGUGUCUUCCAGCAUGGAGCAGGAGAAGCUGGCCGAGCUACACCGUACCGAGCUGGAGUCUCUGAUGGAGCGCGUGGAGGAGUUGAUGCAAGACAAGGUCCGGCUGGUGGAGGAGUACGAGGCCAAGCUGAGCAAGGCCCAGGCGUUUUACGAACGUGAGCUGGAGGCCAUGAGGCGAACGCAGCAGCUCACGACAGAAAACCUGCUGGCCUGGAAGAGGACGGAGGUGGAAUUAAGGAAGGAGUUUCAGGUGCAGGAAGGUGCGCUCCAGAGGACGCUUUGCAAGCUCCGCUCUGAAUUACACAGAGCUCAGGAGGAGGCGCGAGAGAGCAGAGACAAAACCAACAGACUGCAGGCGUCUCUCAACAACGCAGAGGUCACAAUCACGGAGUUACACAAGCAGCUUGAGGAGGCCAUACAGGACGGAGAGAUUUGGGUGAUGCAGCUUAAGGACACAGAAUAUGAGCUGGAUGGAAGCCGAGAUCGAGUUCAGCAGCAGGCCAAUGAAAUUCUUCACAAAGCCAGUCAAAUAGGCUCUCUUCAAGCGACUCAAAUGAGUCAUGAGGCGACUAUCAGGGACCUGGGCUCCGAGCAGAACCGUCUGAAAGAGAAGAUCCUACAGCUGGAGGAAGAGAGAGAGAGACUACAGAAACAGAUUCAAACACUUGAAGAACAACAACACCAGAAGAUUCUCAAUCUAGAGAAGUCGCUCCGUGAGGAAAAGCAGAACUACGAGAUGGAGCUGGCACACGUCAGGGCCAAAUACGAGGAGGAAACAUCUCAUCUGAAGGAAAGCCAUACGGAAGCGUUGGAAGAACUACAGGAGAAACAUAGAGACCAACAAGAGAGCGCACGCAACGCUUCAGAGAGAGAGAAGAGCCAGUUACUCAACGAGAUGAGACAACAGUUUGAGAUUCGCCGUCUGUCAUUGGAAGAGCAGAGGAACCACCUGCAACAACAAUUAGAGACCAUACGAGAGGAACUCACUACAAAGCUCAAUAUGGCCAACCAAGAGGUGGCUCAUCUAAAGGAUCUCGUGAAAGAGAGUGAAGAAAAUCUGGAUAGCGCUGAGAGCCACAUCUCUUGUCUUAAAGACAGCCAGGAAAAGCUUCUCAUCGAGCUAGACGCCACCAGGUCGAGAGUGAGAGAGACGAGCAGCCUUCUCACGGAUCUACAAGAAGAGAUAGAGAGCCAAAAACAGCAACACGAAGCCCGGGUCAUCGGCAUCAAAACGGAGGAGAAACAGAAAAUGGACAAGAUCACGGAGGAGCUGGACCUGAAGUGGACCGACGCUCUGAGGGCCGAGCUGAAGGGUCUGCGAGAGGAGCUGACAGCCGAAUAUCAGGCAGAAAAACAGAUGGCCCUCACACAGCUUUCCCAGCAGAGAGACCUGGAGAUGAUGGCAGCCAGAGAGAGCUGGCAGAGGAAGGUGGAGGACCUUUUGGAACAGAUCUCAUUGCUGAAGCAGAGCCUGGAGCUGCAGAUGUCGCAGUCGAAAAGCGCGUUGCAGCAGUUGCAGGCACAGUUCAGCCAAGAGCGGGAACACCUUGCGCAACAGUUGCAGGAACUGGCGAUGGAGCAUCAGCAUAGGGAGCAUCAUCUGCAGGAAGUCCACUGCUGCACCAUGCAGGAUUUGGAGGAUGCGCAACAGAUGGAGCUUAGGGAGCUGGAGGAUCGUAUGAAGCAGGAACAGAGGGAAGAGUUACACGCUUUGCGAGAAGCUCACAGACAGACCCUUGAAAUCCUCCGUCAGCAGUCGGACCAGGAGCUGCAGACUCUGCGCUUUGAGCUGGAGGAUGAGGGCAAAGCCAUGCUCGCUUCCCUUCGCUCUGAACUCAAUCAUCUUCACGCCACUGCCAUUGAACAUAUGAGGCAAGUUCACUUGAAGGAGAACAACGCGGCCAGACGAGAGUUGGAUGAUACUAUUGAACGCUGCAAAGAACAUGAAGAAGACCUCCUGGCACGUAUUUCCGACUUGGAGCAGGAGGUGAACUGCAGGAAGAACCGGAUCGCUGAUCUGGACCAUGAAAUCCACUCUCUCAAUGAGACCAUCAGCACUCUGACAAAGGAGCUGGAGAUUAAAGGAAAAGAAGUUUUGAGGAUCCGCAGUGAGGCCAACCUACAGAUCAGGGCUCAUGAACAGGAUCUUUCUAAGCGACUGGAGAGAGAGAUUGAAGAUUUGAAUGCGUCCCACAACAGAGAGACCCAGAUCAUGCUUUCAGAUUUUAACAAAGCUCAAGAGUUGUUAAAAGACAAGAUCUCCGCUCUACAGAUUUUGCUGGAAGGAACGGAGGAGAAGUUCAGGAACAGAGAGAGCAGACCAGAAGAUCUCCAGGUGAUCGCUGACCUCCGAGAAAUGGUGACUGAAAGAGAGUCUCUGGUGAAGAAGCUUGUGGAUGACAAGAAGUUUUAUCAGCUGGAGUUGGUGAAUCGAGAGCCUGGCUUCAACAAAGUGUUCAACACCAAUCCUAAUGUUGGGGUCAUAAACCCCCUCAUAAAGCAUAAGAGUAGAAAACCUGCGAACAGCUCUCCGAACCUAAGUGUUGUCGCGGUGGAAGGGACGGCAGGCAGGUCCGUUCCGCCCUCCUGCCUAGAGUCUUUCCCCAUCUCCCCCAUUCACCACCCUGAGCUCAGGUCUAGCAAAGCUCAACCCCCUCCGACCCCUCCGCCUCAGGCCGACUCCGCUCGGAGGUGAGAUGCGCCUCGUCGUUUGACGUUCUUGUCUUUACAUAACGUAAGAGAGACAUGCUUUAACCACAGAACUGUCUGCCAUUGGUUGGAUCACACGGUCUCAGUCCUGUGCUGCGGUCGCUGAAGAACCGUCAGUCUGUCUGUUGAUUGGACGUUUUGAUGCGAGAACACAGCCAUGUGUGUCCACAGUGAAUUGUGGGUAUGCUUGUCUCACCUUUCAGCACAUCGUGUGGUGAACGGCUCACAGCGAAAUGUAUGUUUUUUUUAAUAUGCAUGUUAAGUCAUGCAUAUUAAUAUAUUGUUUAAUAUCCACUGUGUGUGUGUGUGGUUUGUGUACAAAAGUCGAUUGAAUAAUCACAAAACUGCACCGUUGAGACUGAUGCUCAUGAAAAAAGGACUGAAAUAUCACAAACUGUGUGUGAUCACACAAUGGCAUUGGAAUGCCAAAGCAAGCAUGCCGUCAAUCUCAUGACAUCAUCAUCAUCAUCACAUAUGGCUGUGCCUUCAUGAACGUGUGGCCCCGCCCAUUAGCUGUACUCCAUCUUUCAUUUUUCAUGCAUAGUAUGUUGUUUUUGUGGUUUUAUUCAAAUGAUCCCUGGUAGUCCUGAUAACAUUUCCAAAUGUAAAGCAGGCACUGGGACUUACCUCACAAAGCUUCAAGCUCGGAGAUAAUGUUUGACAGCUCUGGCAGUGGCAUAUAUUUUAUUUAUUAUUUAAAGGAUAUACUAGUUCAGCAUGACUGCUUUGUGCCUGUGGUUGAUUUUAAUGCUUUAAGGAAAGGCAGCUUUCCAUGUGUCCUGCCAUAGUUAUUCUUGUGGUCACAAAAGCCAAAGAUACCUGAUUUUAAAAAUGCCUAUAUUAGGAAAAUAAUGUAAAUAAAUUGUAUACACUGAUACCAAAACGUGUUUGGACACUUACUGUAUGCCACACAUGUAUAAAUGUCUUUGUAUUAGA